GUAACAGUACUGCUUCCGCUUACUCUGUCAACAAGGAAGGAAUAGCAAAAAUAUAUAUAUAUAAUUUAUAUAAAUAAAUAAAUCAAAUAAAUACGAAUUGCUUUUAUUCAAAAUGAACAAUCAGGCUCCUAGACAAAAGCCUACUAAUUGUCCUUCUUUGCUGCUUCAAGAUAAUGAAAAUGAAUCCCUGUUUGAAGCCAUGGGCAGAUUAUGUGUGGUAAGUACAAAAAAUUGUUAUUAAAAAUUAUAGAAGUUAUUCUUAUUAUAUUAUAGGUACUUGGAUACAAAAUUUUAAAAAAUUCAAAUAAUUUUUUUAAUAGCACAGUUAGUUAGAGCUAAUUUCAAAUAAAAAAAUGAAACCAGAAUCAACUUUUUAGCUUAAGUACUUUUUGAGCUAUGAAUUUUUAAAGUGUGAGUUCGUUUGGUAUUUUUUACUAUGGACGAAACCUCCACAUCUUGUGACCUCAUUCCGCUGAUCGCGUCAUGCGCAAUGACUAUAUACUUUAUAUAAGGCAACGCAUCGCCUUAUCACUAAAAUACUGUUUAGGGUCGACUUAGUUUAAACUUUCAACUUUGGCACAUGAAUAAUUAAUUAAAGCUUUCCCUGACCAAUGGUAUAGUAGUUUUUGCACACGGCAAACUCUUAUGAAUGAAACUCUGAGGUAGUACUACGAUACAGUUAUGCAAGUGGCUGUGAAUGGUUGCCAAUGACAACGUGUUGCACACGGUAAAUUCUGAUCAUUUAUAAUAUGGAUUCUACCGGGUUGUUAAAGCUCAAAUUAAAACAUUCCAGUUUAAAUGUCUUCAAAAUGCAUUCUGAAACACAAGUUAUCAAAUAUUUUGAUGUAAAUAGUGGUAAUAAAUUAAUAUUUCCUAAGUAUCGGCAACUUCCGCCAUUAAAAAGGGGGCGUGGCCAACCCCAUGGCGAAAUUAGGUUGAGCGAGCUGCAUGACCUGCUGCGAACGCGCAGAAACAUAGCGUCUCUCGUAAGACACUUAUCGCUGUGAAAAUUGGCAUACAUGUAGAUCAAUAGAUUCCCCAGAUGCAAAAAAAAUUUGGUAGUGACAAAUUUUUUCCUUCGACUUAAUUUUAAUGAUGAAAGUUGCCUUAUAUUUACCAAGGAUUUUCUCAAAGCUGACUGAUUGUAAAUGAAAAAGAAAUUGAUUAAAAUGUAGGCCAAGAUGUCUACCUAAUUAUAAGGCCGAAAACGGAACUCAAAUACAUAUCGAAAGUACUAAUUUAAUAAUAAAUAGACACACACAUCGGAAAAUUAAAAACUCGGAUUUUUUGGCGCCGAUUGCGAAAUCCCAUACACAAAAAGUAGUAGUCUCCCUUGACUUACCGAAGUACCUAUUAUAUUAUAUUUAUAUAGCCUAUAGGUAUAGUAUAGCCUUGCUUACUCACGUAUUACUUAUUAACAUUCGGAGACUCAUCACUACCAGCUAUAAAAAAGGCUUAGGUCAAGCAAAGCGUAUUUCAAAUUAUAAUAUUAAAAGUAAAAGAUCUAAAUCUCUAGGUCUUAUUAAUUUAUUAUAGUAUAGUACUACUACUUAUAAUAAAAUUUAUUUAUAAUAUAAGACAUUAUACCAUGAUGGGCUAUUUAAGAUUAUGCGGCCUGAGGAGAUUUAGGCGUGAUUAUUGAUUCUAAAAUCUAAUACUAAUACUCUCUAAUUAUCUAAUAUUUUAAUAAUAGUGAAAUUACUAAUACUCUAAAUACUCUAAUCUAAGUCUAAGUCUAAAAGUAAUGCUAAUUUUAAAUCUUGGGUUUGGGUCCGCCCAUAAAGUACGUCACGCUAUUUUUGACCAUUUAUACCCCCCCCCAACCCCGGGCGCUCUAAAGUAUGUCACACUUUCGAACAAAUUUUUUUUAAAAAUUAACACCUAAUUAAAAUUUAAUCUAAAACACACUUCACUAAUUAAACUGUAUUAAAAUAUAAAAUUUCCACUUAAAAGAACUAUCACAUUAUUAAAAUGACUUUAAUAGUAGAAUAGUUGCUAGCGCUCCUAGCAAGAGGAAUCGUGAACAACACAUUCAGGAGAUAUGCAUUUCAUGCUUUUUUGACAUUUUGUGGAUAGGAUCAACAAGCCUAUUCUGAUAAUUAUCUACUAAUAUUAAUGUUUGAUUUUCAAAUUAACUUUUAGUAAAGUGUAGUAGAGUGAAGCUGGCUUAGCUGGUAAUGGUGGGUGAUGGUGAUUGGUUGUACCAAGACUGACAGUUACUAAUAAAAAAUGAAGGAGUUCAGGUCUUGAGGACUAUAGCUUUAAUAAACUCUAAUGGAAGAGUUCAGUACGACGAGAAAGGUCCUAAGGAAAAGCUAAAGAAAAAGGACAAUAUCUGAAAAGAAACAAAUAGUACCAUACAGAUUAACAAUGUCCUGACUAACAUUGACUAAUACAGCUAAUAAUAAACAUGUUAAAUAACACCAUAAUUGUAGAUUGUGGCAAAAAUAUAUGUAACUGAGGAUAGCGUAUUACAUGUUAUACUAAAUGGCAAUGAAAACUAUAUUGUUCUAAAAAUGUAUAACUAUAAAAGAAAUCAUGUGGAAGUGUUUAAUUUGUAGCACAUACACUGUGCUAGUGUUUCACACAGAACCAGUGUGAGAUGUGAGGGUUAACAUUAAGAUCUUUGAAUUAUUAUGGUAGGCCAUCCAGAUAUGGAGUCUAUGUAAGAAGCACACAUAGCAGGACAGUAAAUACAAUGGUAUAAAGUAUGACCACAAUUAGCUUGAUACUUGUAGCUAUCAAUCGCUGUGCCUUUUUAAGACAAACAGCCACUUUCAGAAUGGCUAGUUAUAUGUAAUAUUAUCCUAACACAUGCACCAUUUCCUAUGUGAGAAUUUAGCACACAGCAGGAGAGUUAGCCUAUUACACAUAUUUGAUGUACAUUCAGUGGUUGUAUACUGUUGUAUCAAUAGCUUAUAAGCACAUUGCAGUAUGUGUACCCAGAACGAUAUACGGUUGCUUUCUAUGCUCACAAACACUGGUCACUGGUAUCUAAUUAAUUCUAUUAAAGAAUUUAGUGGACGGUUGUAUGUUCAACCCUUAAAAUAUCAUGGUUAUAAGUCUACACCGGGUAGGUUAUUCCUACAAUAUAUCAUGGUGAUAAGUCUGAAUGGAAAUCUUCCAAUACUAACACUUAGCAAGUUCAUACUAAACACAAAGAAAUAAAAUGACGUAUUAGCUUCUACUUAUAGAGCGUUCCAAUGGGCCCCACUGAACAAUGACACACUUCAGGGAUGCUGUUCAAAACCUCAAAUGAUCCCCUUCUUAGUGUGCGCCCCUUUAUAAAGCUGCGCGCGGACAUAUGAGAUAGCCCCUCCGUCACACAGAGACCAAGAUGGUCUACGUUUUGCCUUCUGGCCGAUUUCCUGGGGUAAAAUGACUAACUCUGAGGACUACACCCGAGUAAUAAUUAAAAUCCCUGACCAAAUCCCUAAUGACUUAUAUGUGUCCUGUGCAGUUUUGUCUCCCCUAUCUAAGAUACUAUCUUAUAUUUCUGUGAGUGAAAUAGUUUUUGAGAUAUUUUAAGUAGAAGGGGUGGGGACCACUAUGGAUGAUGAUGAAGGUGAAAACUCCUUUAAUGACUAAAUGGUAAAAUAUCCUAUAACGAUGGAGACUUGUAAAUAUGCUACGGAAUAGUGAAUAAAAUCCCCUUUCCAAGUAGAUAUAAUUUAUAACUUACUACACUAGGGUUCCCAAGAAAUAAAUUACUGAAUUUAUAACUAAAGCCCACAUCGUGGUAUUUAAGUAUUCCCCACCAGGGGAGAGAGAAGCCGGCCGUACUGACUGGGGUGAAAAACGAUAUCUGAGGUCAACAUUUCGAUCUAUUGUUAGGUGAGGUCACACCGCUAUACAUUUUUAGGUGUUACCGGUACACGCUGCUUCCCGCAAAAACGUGGCUUUUACACUGCCACAAAAGAAUUUGAAAUGAUCAAUUUUUUAAUUUUUUUUUUAAUAAUUAAAAUAAGAAGUCAUCCAGAUGUAGACAUUUUGUUUAAGAAGAAAACCUCAAUGACAGAAGAAGUCUCCGAAUAGACCAGAAAUGGUGCCGUAAACUACAAAAGAUUGCUGAAGACUUAACUUUUGUUCUAGCAGAAUUCAUCAAAUGGUUGUUAAUUUAAACUUAAUAAGUAGUUAAAUUAUUUUUUUUCAAGUCUUAAAUUAAAAUUUAAUUUAAAACAAUAUUUUGAUUCUGUUGAAUUUAUUAUGCUAAAAUAACCGAUUAAGUUAUUUUGCUGUAACUGAGUGGGGUGAGUUGAGCCCUAAGUAUAAUUGGGAUUUCCAAAGGUGCAAUGUUUUAUUGUGGUAAUGUGCAUGGGCAAUAAAUUUUACACUUCCUGUUUCUCAAAUUUAGCCAGACAACACGGCAUUGUCAUCAUAUUAUAACUUUUAAAAAGUUGAAAUAUCUAUUAAAUGUGCAUAGUCCUAAUUGUUGUGCGCUGUAUGCAAAACAAAACAACUGCAAAUGAGAAUACAGGAAGGAAAGGGGCCACUAUCUUUUUUAAUAACUCAUAAAAGAGUAUCAAGCAAUUAACACUUACCAAAAUUUUAGCUUCUCACCUUCGUGUGGCACAAAAAUAACUUGCCAUAGUGAGUAUGGAGUAUGAUAUAUCUUAUAUCAUACAGGCCUUUUCAACAAAGAAUUGCACUUGAAACACUUGUUAAGAUGUUGAAUCCCACUUCCCAUCAUCUAUCCAUCUCAGUCUACAAAUGGGCCAUCUUCCCUUUGGUUUAUGCCUGUAGACUACUUUUUCUCUAUAAUCUGGCAUCCUCUUUAGGUGUCCUGUACUGCGCAGCCUGCCUUUUUUAAUUGCCUCAACUAUGGUUGAGUCCUCUUACUACUGGUAUAUUUCUUAAUUUGUCAUAAUCUCAGUUUUCUUUGUUUUCCUUGAGAGGUUUCUGAUUCCUAGUAGAUUGAAAUUUGAACAGUUGCCUCCUUUUAUCCUUUAAAAUAUUAUUUUAUUUUUUUGCAAGUUCUAAUGUGAAAGUGUUCAAAGGUCUGUCACUUUUUAGUAUAGUGACACAAAACUAGAAUUAGAAAAUGGGGAAGUUGUAAUUUGAUAAAGAAUUCACAAAUGAGACCUAAUAAGAAUGUUGUCAUAGUUGUGUAUUCAAAAGGUGCAAUUUUAUUUCAAAUGUGAUCAACAUACAAAACAUUUUAAUUUUUAAAUGCUAAUUGUAACCUUAACCCUUUUUUUACAUUGUUAGUUAGGUAGUUUAAGUAAUCUACAGCUUACCCAUUUUGAUAUAAAAUGACACAUUACAUACAUAAUUCAGGCCUAUUGCUAACCAUGAAUCAAUAGAAAUCAAAAUAUGUUUUAUAAUUUAAUUUCUAUCCGCAUUCUCUAAUUAUAAAAAUAAUUUACUCAUACUUUAAAUUUAAAAAGCUUUAAUAUUAAAUGAUAAUAUUAAUUUUUUUUUAAACUUGAGAUGGAAAAAAUAGCUUAUGAAUUACCCUAGUCAAUAACUGUUACAAGCAUAAUAAAAAUGUUAAGUCCAAAUGGAAAUAUUUAGUCAUUUUAUCUUUAAUAAUUUUCAGAUAGAAAAUGUAUUUAUUUAUUUAAAUAUACUUUUAUUCAUACUGUUAUAGACACUGGCAACUGGUGUUGUCCAGUUAUACCUGGCGGACCAAAAUGAUCGAAAUAAGUGGACAAAAAGAUUUUGUGGUGUUGCCUGCUUUGUAAAGGACAGCUCCAAAAAAUCCUUUUUCAUCAGGGUGUUUGAUAUUAAGGUACUGUGUCUUGCAACAUAAUAAUGUUUUAAAAUUGUUUAGGAUAUUUAAUCUUUCGCAAAGAUUUUAUUUUGUAAAGCUUUUUUAUAUCAAUGUAUUUAUAAACCAACAUUAAAUUGUGAACUGCAAUAUUGAGGAUUAAAUUGAGUUAAAAUUAUAACUUUUUGUAUAAGAAAGCACUGUUCUGGAAAUACUUCUUUUUUUAUCUUGUUAAAGUAAUGCCUUAAAAAAAAAAUCUUCUUCUAAGAAUUAUUUGCUACUGUUAUAUUGAGCUAUUUAAUAUUCAACAAAAAGAGGCACAUGUGACUAUAAUUAUUAAUUUAGAGCAUAAAAGUAAAAGUCUAACUAACAGUAAAUCAAAUAUUAAUUUAUCUCAAACACAAAAUGAGGAUUUUUAAAAUUCCUUUAUAAAUUUCUCUAAUAGAAGCAUCAAAUGAUCUGGGAACAAGAGUUGUACACUCAGUUCACCUACAAGACACCAAGGGAGUACUUUCAUACAUUUGAAGCUGAUGUAUGACCAUUUUUUACAUUAAAAAUCAGUUAAGAAUGAUCAUUUUCAAACAUUUAGGCAAAAACAAAUGAGAUAGUCUUUAAAAAUGCCAAGAGUAAAUAAGCAAUUAAUAUAUUUUGAUCUACUAAAUGUUUAACACAAUUAAAAUUGGUAAUUUUGCAGAGAUUAAAUAUUUAAAAAUUUUUACCAGACAUGUCAAGCUGGCUUGAACUUUGCCAGUGAAGAUGAAGCAGCAAAGUUUAAGAGGGUUGUUGAAGGAAAAAUGACUGAACGACUCAAGAAAAAACAAGGUUUUUUUUUCCUUAAAGCAAUAGUCUUUACACAACAAUCCAUUUAAAUAUGAUUUUUUUUAAUGCAUCACCUUCUAAGCAAACUCAAAGAAAUACGAAUCCUGAACCAACUUUUGUUAAUAUCUUGAGGAUAAAUAUUGUAAAUAAGCAGAUAUAUUAAAGUAAUAUAAAUAAUUUUCUUUAAAGCAUGCAGCGCCACAUUAAUUAUUUAAAUUAAAAUGAAAUGCAAUAGAUUUUAAAUUAUUUUGAUAUUAAAUGUAAAGUCUAGUAAAAUUUUGUGGUUUGUUGUAAAGAAUAUGUAUUGUAAACAACAGUACCGCACUGAAAUUGUCCAUAACUUAGACCUGGGAAAGGCAGGCUAUGGAAUAAACGCCUUAUUACAAUAAACAAAACAAAAAAAGGGUAAAUUUAGAUAUAUUGCAUCAAUUUGCUGCAACUCAAAAAGAAUUGUGUGCAUCAUAAAAGAUUCCUGAGUGAAACAUAAAAUUCAUAAAGAAAUAUAUUCAACAUUUUUGUAUCAUCCAGAAAAGCAAACAGGAAAACGGAGAACUGUUGCCCAAAGGCCUGGAAUGGAUGCCAACAGCCCACCUGCAUUAGUUCCAAUGAGUAUGUAAACUGAAACGUUAACUUUAAAAAAUUUAGUUUCUGGAAAAAGCAUUUCAAUUAUAAUUUACUUUCAAAUAACGAGUCCCCAUUUCUUGGUCUAUACAACAUAUUAAUGUGUUAAUCUCAAUUUAUUCAUAUGCAUUAGUUAACACACAUUAUCAUCUUGUUACGUUGUUAAUAAUUUCAUUACUUUCUUGUUUGAGGCAUUAUUUUAAAAUAAUGGCUGUGUUAAAUAACCCCUUCAAAGUUUUUAUAGUUUGAUAUAUAUGGAUUGUAGAUGAUACUAUUUACAGCUGUUUCGAAAGCUUAUGCAUCAAGCUCUGGACAAGACAUUCUUUAUUCGACAUCAAUGGAUACCACAGUCACUAACUUACUCUAGCUUUUAACAUACAUUUGAAAUGUGCAAGGCUUCGGGGGCUUUCUUUAUUUUGACCAAUUUUAUUUUUAUCAUCAAUCAAUAUUUAUUUAAACCCUUGUUAUUUAAGUUUCCUUUAUAACUAAACUGGUUCUUAUCAAAAUCCUAUAUAUUUUUUGUGAUAAUGUACCAGUAAUAAUGUCAUUAACAGAGACUUACUUAUAUUAUUUGACUAACAUCAGGACCUAACGUGUCAUCUGCCCCAGCAUUACAACCAGUCAACCUCAACACAGAUCUUAACCGCAGUAAUAAUAACAUAAAUACUGCCGGCACUAUUAAAAAGGGCAAAGAAAGCAAGAAAGACGCCAAGAAAAAACUCACUAAAGAAGAUAUAGGAGCACCUUCUAACUUUGUGUAUGUUUCAUUAUCAAUAGAAUUUUUUUCUCUCUCUUAUACCAAGCAUGAUCCUCAAAAAUAAGAAUCUGGGUCUAGAAUCAACUGAAAUAUUAUAGCCAUUUUUUAGUGUCAACUCAGGGGCAUGGCUUAUUAGUAUCAUUCUAUUUAAAAAGGAUUUAAGACAUGGGUUUCCCAAAUUUGAGAUAGGAUAAAAUUAAUCAGAAAGUACUAGCACGUCAUUAAAUGGCGAGCUUAGUUUAUGCUAUUGUAAACAGCAUCCUUAAUUAAAGCUCAUCUCUUUUUAGAAAUUAUACAAAGUAACAAAUGAGAUUACGGUUUACUACAGUAAUGCAGGAAAUACCUACACUACAGAUUUAUUAUACUGGUGUAUAUAUAAAACAGUGAGGAAAUUAAAGUGAAUUUAGCUAUUAAUAAUUUCAAACACAGAAAACUCUGAAAUAAUCAACUGAUAUCACUAAGGAUAAAUACAUUUUUUUAAAAUUAUUAUGCCCCAAUCAACAUUAUUGAAUAGUUAGCCCAUUAGUGAAAUAGCGGAAUAUUAUUCCAUCUACCUUUAAGUUGAAGAUAGAAAUUGACUGAGUGGAAUGUGAAAUACCAAUUACGUGACCUCGGUACAAUUUCUAUUGAAAUGACUUCAUUUUUGUUUAAGGCUUUCUCACUUCUGAUAUACUCUAAUUAAAAGUAUAUUUUGUCUUAUCUACAGACAUCUUAGCCAUCUAGGUUGGGAUCCUGAAAAGGGAUUUGAUGUAAGUUAUUUUGGUGUUCUUAAAAUAUCUUUUAUGCAGCAUAGUUAAUAGAGAAAAUAUGUUUGCAAGGUUUUUAGGGGAUUAUACAAAUUAUUAUUAUUAUUGGGUUUUAAUGAUUCUUUCAAAUAAUAAUUGACAAAAUAAAUACCAUUCUACUGCAGUCAAAUCUAUUUGACACUCUGGGUCUCUGAAAAAUGUAAACCUUGAAUCAUAGUUCCAAACCAGAUUGCUCAAAAACAAUAAUAUUUUUUUGAAAAUUAUCAAUUAUAUAAAAUAUUAUAAAAAUGUUAUCUUGAUUUUUUCUUUGAAUUAUUUAAUGUACCAAUGCUUAAAAUGUCACAUUGUCUAUGGUAUUUUUUGGGUUUGUGUAUUUCACUGUCACUUUCAAGCCAUUUCUGGAUUGGCCAGAGCAGAUAAGGGAUUGCAAAACAUACUUCCAUUUUAUUUUGUUUUCAAUUACAGAUGAACAACCUUGAACCUGAGAUGCGCAACCUCUUCCAGUCUGUUGGCAUUGCACAAGAUCAAGAAGUUGACAAGGAAACUGUAGAUUUCAUCUAUGACUUUGUGGAAAAACAUGGAGGAAUGGAUGCAGUCAAAAAGGAAUUUGGUGGCUCAAAAUGUAAUUUAGUAAAUUCCGUUUCAGUACUGCUGCUCAAUUUCCUGAUCAGGAGAGAUAAAGUGGGGGAAAACUUACAUAAAGGGCUUCCAUAUCUUGGGUUCUUAGGAUGGUGCUGGCCCCAUCAUUAGUCAAAGGGAUGAGGCGUUGGGGGAGUGGGGGAAAACUAACAUAAAGGGCUUCCAUAUCUUGGGUUGUCUGAGGAUGGUGCUGGACCCAUGAUUAGUCAAAAGGAUGAGGAGUUGGGGGAGUGGGGGAAAACUAACAUUAAUUGCUUCCAUAUCUUGGGUUGUCUUAGGAUGGUGCUGGACCCAUGAUUAGUCAAAGGGAUGAAGGGGAGGGGCAUUUUUUCACUGUUUUUCUUUUAAUCCCUUAAGGUAAGUUAUAUCUAAGUGGUUGGUAGGUUCCUUUGGAAACUUUAAUCUUUAUAUUUAUUUAAUGCUUACAAAGAUUGAAUGUUUAUUAUAUUAAUUUUAUGAAGUGUUUAUUUUAUCAGUUUUUAAGAAAAAAUGGUUUUAAAUGGGUUUUUCUAUAUGUUUCAGCCAUGCCUCCUCCACCCCCACCUGGUUCUAGAAUGAAUGCACCUCCCCCACCUCCUAACAGAACCCCUGGGCCUCCUCCGCCACCUUCUAGAGUUGGACCAACAGCUCCACCACCCCCAACACGUGCUGUACCAGCUCCACCAAGAGCUGCAGCUCCUCCACCUCCACCACCAUCAAGACAAAUGCCAACUCCCCCCCGUGCCCCCUUUUCAGCCCCACCUCUGCCACCACCAAAUCCCCCUCCUGCUAUGAGUGCACCACCCCCUCCUCCACCUGCUGGUGGCCCUCCACCACCACCCCCUCCACCACCACCACCUUCAUCUGCAGCAGGCGGCGGUGACAGUCGAGGUCAGUUGCUCUCUGCUAUCAGGUAAGUCUUACCAAACAUGAAAAAAAAACCUACAAGAAAUAUGUAACCAAAUCAUAUAUAUAACCUGGCCCUGAUUGUCAGUAGUGUAGCUAGGGUUAGUGCCCCUAGAGCUAAGAAUUUAUUUACCCUCCUUCCACAAGUACAUCUCUGCAGUUGGCUAGAUACGCAUCCCCUCUUUAUAAAGAAUGUUGUACUGCCCCGUUCUUACGUCAGGGUUGAUGUUUUUUUUAAUUUAAUGCUUUCUUUUCAGGUCAGGAGCACAACUGAAGCCAGCAGCUCCAAACGCAGAUGGCCCCAAACCCGGUGACUCCAGAGAUGACCUUUUAAAUGCCAUAAGAAUGGGAGCAGCAUUAAAAAAGGUCAGUCAGUUAAAUGAUGGUAUAAAUGUUUUAUUUGGCAUAUGACUACUAGACGCUGCAGAAUUUUUAAAGAAAGCUGUCUAAAAAAUUUCUUAAACAUCCUGUGACAGAUAUUCUAUCAAUUUUAAUCUACACCUUAUCAUGACUGUCAAGUACAGAAACUGAAUGUCCCAACAAUAAAAUAGCUGAACUACCGGUAUCUAUUUUAGUUAUAACUUAAAUCAGUACGAGUCAUUUUAUUUCAAAUCCUCUCACUUCCUUUUAACUUAUUUUUGACUUAAACCCUCCCAUAUGCCUUUUUAUGUUUAUGUGCUCUGUGAUAUUUCUCUUCUUGGAGGCAUUAUGCGUCAGCACAUGAGGCAUAGUCUCACGGCACACCAAUGUACCACUGCAAACCAGUUGCAGAGCUCUGAUAUUUUGACUAACCUUUGAAUCAUAAUAACAGAAGUUUAACAACAGCACAUUGUCACUAAUUUUCACCGUGGUCACAGUGAGCAUCAACAAUGAGUAUUAGAACUGGUUUUAAAAUCAGAUUCAAAAUCAUCUUCAACUAUCAUCAAGAUCACUUUCCGGAUCAAAUGAAACAGAUUUUAGAUGGGUCUGUUGUUGAUGGGUUGUUUAAUAAUCUGAUCUUGCUAAUAAAUAUUUCUUAAGAGCUUGGGGAGCCAUACUACAUUCUAAUUAUAACUUAUUUAUGAAAGAAGUUUUUUUAAUUUUUUUUAAAUGCCUAAUUUAGAUAACAGUCACACAAAAAUAGCAGCAAACUUUAGAAGUUAUGUGUUUAUUAGUUUGCUUGCUAGAGGCACAAUACAGCCAAGAGCCAGGGUUUGCCAACCUGGGUUGUGAGGUAGCAUUUUAAGGGGUGCUAGAUUUGGAGAACAAAUGAGCCUUUGAAUUUUAAUAUUUUUUUUUAUACAGACAUUUAUUUUAUUUUGUUCUUAUUUUACACGAUGUUAUUAGCCACAAGUUAAUUCCUUUUAAAAAUUCUACCAAUUUCUCUUCAAUUCAAUAAAAAGUUCAAUUUCCAUUUUUAUUAGUCAAAUAAUUUGUAGGCUGUGGGCGACAUGUAAAAAAUAGGUUGGGUGUGAAGAAGAUAGAAAAGGUUGGGAAAUUCUGAGUUAUUCAAAUAUUUGUUCAUGCCCUUUCCGGGUGAGCAAAAUUUAGAUAAAUUACUAAAACUAGGUUUCUAGCAUUGGUUAUCAUUUAAAUUUAUAAGAAUUUCAAAGGUUUCUCCCAAAAUUAUUUUGUUGCAGAAUGCUUUCUGAUAGAUCUUAUUUACAUAUGCCCAUUUGCUGUUGCAUUUUUUAUUUGACCCGUCCUACCUACUACUAUUGAAGCUCCGCCAGACACAAAUUGAAUAAAUAAUAAAAGUUACAUUUUUUUACACCUAUACAACUAAAACUAAAAGAAAAGUUUCAUAUAAGGCACUUUUUACUUUCUAGCAACCCUUUAUGAAUUCAAUUCUUUGUUUCAAAUUUCUUUCUUUACACAUCUUUGUGCCUCUGUUUAUGUGUUGUGGUUUGGGGGGAGGGGGUGUAAAUAAAUAAGUUUAUUUAGCUUUUAAUCAAAAGUAACUUAUCCUUUCUUCUGACAAAAAAAUCCCACAUUUCUACACAAUUUAAAAUUAAUCACUAAAAUCUUUCAUGGCAACAUUGCUUAUAACUUAGGUUGAACCUGCUGAAAGGCCAGCAUCUACAACAACCUCCAGUGAUACAGACGGUUUGGUUGGGGCUCUGGCCCGUGCCCUGGCCAAUCGCCAAAAACAAAUCCAUGGAUCAGGUAAUCCUUAUCGGAGGCCAGGCAAUCCCUUGCGAUUUUGUUUUAUAUUUAAAUCCCUUUUUGUUGUUCCUUUCACCUUCCAUCCAGGUGCUCACACUGAACUGACUGUACUUCUCAUCAUUUUGAUGGCAUGC